AUGGAUAUCCUAAUAGAUAAAAUCAUCGAAGACAGACACAAAGUGAACUGUCACACAUCCAAGAUGCAGGGCUUAUGGGAAACUCCGCAAAUCCAAACAAUACGCAUUCCUAAACUGGUGCCAGAUCCAUCCACUCUGAUGCAUGUGGACUUCACCAUAGGUCAGAAGCAUUAUUUGUGCAGUGUCACCAAGACCUGUAAUGCCCACUACCUGAAGAUGCUAAUGUCCGCCACUCAGCGCAGCUCACAGAAGCCAGGCAGGUGCACCUCCAGCUGGCUCCUCCCCUUCCUCCAGAGAGGGGCUCCUCACAAGAACCGCCUCAGCUUGCGCUACUCGCAGAAGCAGCAUUACCCCUGCACUACAUGGCGGCACCAGAUGGACAGACGCGAAUCCAGGAGCAUUGCAACAGCAGCCACACCUGCAGUAAUCAGACUGCACUCUUUCUGGCAACCGGUGGGAAACAAGGGGUUAAAAACUGGAUAUGCAUCUAAGAAAAGAUGUAAGUCACUCAAGAUUUUUAGAAGACCAAGCAAACUAUUCAUGCAACCAACUUCUUCAAAUGCUUUUGAACCAUACCUGAAUGUAGAAAAGGAGGAUGAAGACUUACUAAAUAAGUGCAUGCAGUCAAUGUCCAUUGCAGAACAGGGAGAACAUCUGAUGUUCGCAUGA